AUGCUGCCGAUUAUUUUCGUUCUUUUUAUUACUGUUAGUGCAAGUGGACAGCCGUGCAAUGAUAUAGACAGUGUUUACAUAACUAAAGGUAAAACUUUAAAAGAUGGUUCCAUUGAAGAUGGUGUCGUCUUCCCGCCAAAAUAUGUGUAUUCGAAAUAUGUCGAUGGUGAAUGGAAAACUUUAGGAUGUUUGUGUAAGCUCAAAAACUGUUUCCGAAAAUGCUGUCCGUUGGGCUUUGUGAUGCAUUACAAGAAUUGUGUGGAGAGACGAGAUCAGGAUCUAAUACUAAACAAUGGCUUAGAUCUUUAUGAUGGAGUAAAUUUUCGGGGGAAGAAGUUUUUGGAGCAGACCGAUUUUGGUCUUGUCUUCGGCAAACCGAAUUCGGAAUGUUAUAUUGAAGAUCCGGGGUGGUUCGUUCAAGAGGUAAGUAACUAA